CGCUUAUCACUAUUGUGGAUAAGAAGAUCCGCAAUCACUGUUUACAAGAUCGCACGUUUUUCAUUUAAAAAUUUUAAAUGAAAUAUGUAACCAUUUAACUAUCGUAUAGGUACAGGAAAGGAAAAAUGGUAGAAGUACUCCGCGACAAAGAGUUUUUGGUCAGAGAGUACCUGGAGACUCGUGGACUCUACAGCCAUCAUAUAAAUUCAUUUAACGCAUUCAUCGACUGUGAAUUAAAGAAAAUCGUACAGCAAAAUCAUGCUGUGCGUAGUGAUGCCGAUCCAAACUUUUAUUUACAUUUUAAAAAUGUUACUGUUGGCCAUCCUCAGGUAGAUGAUGGAUUUAAUGUUACUCGAAAUGUUACACCACAAGAAUGCCGUUUACGUGAUCUUACUUAUUGCGCUCCUAUUUAUGUUGAUAUUGAGUAUGUUAAAAGUGGCAUGAAAUAUUUACGAAAAGGAUUUAUUAUUGGUCGGUUACCAAUUAUGUUAAGAAGUAAUCGUUGCUGUCUCUACCAAAAAUCUGAUGCUGAGUUAGCAAAAAUGAAAGAAUGUAUUUAUGAUUCUGGUGGUUAUUUUAUUGUAAAAGGAACAGAAAAAGUAAUAUUGAUGCAGGAACAACCAGCUAAAAAUAAAAUAUUGGUUGAAAAAGAUUCUAAUGGAGUGCCUACUGUUCAAGUAAUGAGUAGUACUGUUGAUAAAAAGUCUAAAACUAAUAUUAUUUUUAAAAAAAAUUUGAUAUAUGUUUGCCACAAUGCUCUUGAAGAGAAUAUACCAUUUGUUGUUUUUAUGAAAGCACUUGGUGUCUGUUCAGAUCAGUUAAUUCUACAAAUGGUGGGUACAGAGUUUGCUAUUAUGAAUCAAAUGUACCCAUGUUUCCUGGAAUGUAGCAAGUUAAACAUUUUCACUCAAAAACAAGCUCUUAGAUUUAUCGGAGAUCGUAUUAAAAAAAUGGGAUUUUCUUCUGAAGACUAUGAUAAUAGAGUUAUUACUGAAGUACAUGACUUUUUAUCUACUGUUAUACUGGCUCAUAUUCCAGUGACAAAUACCAAUUAUCAUAUGAAAGCUAUAUAUACUUCAGUAAUGGUUAGACGGUUAAUUUUUUCGCUAUCCAAUCCAGAUUUAUUUGAUAGUAAAGAUUAUUAUGGUAAUAAGUGUUUAGAUUUACCUGGAUCAUUUUUAUCUCUACUCUUUGAUGAUACUUUCAAACGUUUUAUAUUUGAACUCAAAUCUGUAGCUGAUAAAAAUAUACCUAAGGUCAAAGCCACUCCAUUUGAUAUUAUCAAGUACAUUAGAACUGAUACAAUUACUAAUGCAUUAGUAUUUGCUAUACAAACUGGUAAUUGGUCGAUAAAAAGAUUUCGCAUGGAAAGACAUGGUGUUACUCAAGUCUUAACAAGAUUAUCAUAUUUAUCAGCCAUAGGUAUGAUGACAAGAGUAAAUUCACAAUUUGAAAAAAGUAGAAAAGUAUCAGGACCUCGUUCGUUGCAGCCUUCACAGUUUGGAAUGUUGUGCCCUUCUGAUACUCCUGAAGGAGAAGCUUGUGGACUCAUAAAAAAUAUAUCACUUUUAGCUCAUGUUACUACUGAAUCUGAAGAUGACGAUGCUGUAUUAAAGUUAGCUCUCAAUUUAGGAGUAGAACCUGUGGGUUUAUUUUCUGUAGAAGAACUACAUGAAGAAUACAUGUACUUAAUAAUAUUUAAUGGUAAUAUUAUUGGUUCCACUAAUAAGUGUAUUGAAUUUGUUAAUAAAUUUAGAAUUUGUAGACGUAAAGGUAUGUUUAGUAAGUUUAUUUCUAUUUAUAUAUCAGAACGGCACAAAUGUAUUUACAUCAACUCUGGUGAUGGUAGAUUGUGUAGACCAUAUAUAGUUGUAGAAAAUGGUCAGCCUUUAUUGACUAAUGCUCAUAUUGAUAAUUUAAAAAGAGGCUAUUGUACAUUUCAAGACUUUAUAGAUGAAUCUCUUAUUGAAUUUAUUGAUGUGGAUGAAGAAAAUAAUUCUUUGAUUGCUUAUUGCGAAGAAAAGAUUGUUCCUGAAACCACUCAUAUGGAAAUAGCACCUUUCAGUAUAUUGGGUAUAUGUGCCAGUGUUAUACCUUAUCCUCAUCAUAAUCAAUCACCCCGUAACACUUACCAAUGUGCAAUGGGCAAACAAGCUAUAGGUACUAUAGCUUUAAAUUAUUUACAUCGAAUUGAUACACUUCAGUACAAUUUAUGGUACACACAUAUUCCAAUGGUUCAUUCGAAAGCAGUACCAAUGAUCAAUUUUGAUAAAUUGCCUGCUGGUCAAAAUGCCACUAUUGCUGUCAUGAGUUAUUCAGGCUAUGAUAUUGAGGAUGCUAUCAUAUUGAAUAAAGCGAGUGUUGAUAGAGGUUUUGGUAGAGGCGGAACAUUUAGAAAUUCAAAAUGCUUUUUAAGACAUUAUCCUAAUCAAAUGAUGGACUCUAUACAAGGACCUAUUAUUGACAAUGCGACGAAAAAACCAAUUUAUAAACAUAGAGCAUUAGAUAAUGAUGGUAUAGCAGCUAUUGGCCAACCAGUAUUUGAUAAACAAGUCACAAUUAAUAAAGCAACGCCAAAAACCGUUACAGUAGAAGAUGUUGGUGGUGAUAGAGGUUUCAAAGAGACACCAAUGUAUUAUAAAGGCUACGAUCCAUCAUAUGUUGAUAAAGUAAUGAUAACAUCUAAUAGUGAUUGUUUUUUGAUUAAAGAAAACUUUAGACAACCAAGACGACCAGAAAUUGGUGAUAAAUUUAGUAGCAGACACGGUCAAAAAGGAGUUGUUGGUUUAAUUGUGAAUCAAGAAGAUAUGCCUUUUAACGAAGUUGGAAUAUGUCCAGAUUUGAUAAUGAACCCUCAUGGUUUUCCAUCACGUAUGACAGUAGGUAAACUUAUUGAACUUUUGGCCGGUAAAGCUGGAUUAUUAGAGGGAAAAUUCCAGGAUGGUAGUGCUUUUGGCGGAGCGACAGUUGCUGAUAUAAGUGAUGAGUUGCAUAAACAUAAUUAUAAUUAUUUGGGUAAAGAUGUGCUGUACUGUGGCAUUGAUGGUAGACCAAUGGAGGCAUACAUUUACUCUGGUCCAGUUUUCUAUCAACGUCUAAAACAUAUGGUAGCCGAUAAGAUUCAUGCACGAUCCAGAGGACCAAGAGUACUAUUGACCAGACAACCAACUGAGGGCAGAUCUAAAGACGGUGGACUUCGAAUGGGUGAAAUGGAAAGAGAUUGUCUUAUUGCUUAUGGUGCUAGUAUGUUGAUUAUUGAGAGAUUAAUGUUGAGCAGUGAUGUGGUAGAAAUGGACGUAUGCAAAUUAUGUGGUUUAUUUUCGUAUUCGGGAUGGUGUCACAUGUGUCAAAAAAGUAAUUCAGUGUGCCGUAUAAAAAUGCCAUAUGCAUGUAAAUUGUUGUUCCAAGAAUUACAAGCUAUGAGUAUAGUACCUAAGAUAUCAUUAAAGAAAUAUUGUGACUGAAACAAUUUUUGUUAUUAAAUUAAGAAUUUUAAGUUUACACUAAACAUUAUACCAUAUUUUUAAAUAAUUUUACUUU